GAAAACACCAGGAAGUAGCAAGAAGGACUAACACAGAGUACAAGUUUCAAAAAGCCAGUAAGCUAACCAUUCUCAGAUGGCUGACACAACCUCAACAGAUGCUGGUCCUAACCGGCAGGGGGUCCAGUUCGUGGAUCAGCACAAAGACAAGCUCAUCCAGAGGGUCAAGACACCAAUGCCCAUAGCAGAUACGCUGCUUACACAUGGCCAUAUCCACCAGGAGUGUUACUCUAAAAUCUCCACUCCACAAAUGACCAGCCAGGAUAAGAUGAGGAUGCUGUAUGAAGGCUUAGAAGAAGGAGGGGCAGCGGUUAAAGCAGCCUUCUAUGAAUGUCUCCUGAUAAAUUACCCUCACUUAGUCAAGGAUCUGGGUUCUGGAUCAACGCUGGAUAAUACUAGAAAUCAACCAGUUGAACAAGAAACAAAAUCAAAGAUAACAUACAACCCAAAUGAACAACUGGGUACUGGAGCAGGGGGAACCAUUGUGUACAAGGGUAUGUUUGGGAACCGUCCUGUGGCUGUGAAAAGGAUUCCUGUGACAUUCCAGAAAAUUGCUGAAAAGGAAGUUAAGCGUUUGCUUGAGGUGGACUAUCACAUUAAUGUGGUCCAAUACUUCUGGAGUGAGAUGGAUGGGGAGCACCAGAACAUUGCCAUCGAGCUGUGUGACAAAUCACUGAAAGAGUAUGUGGAGAAGUCUAGUGGGGCUGAACGACAGUCAGAACAGAUCAUAGACCUGUUGAAACAGACCAUGGAAGGAUUGUCACAUCUGCACUCUCACAAUAUAGUCCACAGAGAUGUGAAGCCCGCCAACAUCAUGUUGUCUUUCCCGGACGUCGGUGGCAAGGUCACAGUGAAGAUCACAGACUUUGGUCUGGCGAAGAAGUUGUGCCCAGAAAGCAGCAGCAUUACUUCAGGAUUCAAAGGCACCGUGCAUUGGUGUGCUCCAGAGCUCCUGCAAGGGGUCAGCAAUGACAACCUUACCAGUGCUGUGGACAUAUUUUCGGCCGGAUUGGUGUUUUACUAUGUGUGGACAGGAGAAGGGAAAAACGUAUUUACUUUGAUCGUUGAUUUAGCAAAAGGACACUGCUUUGAAAAACUACAGGCAAAUCAUGACAUCUUGAUCAAAGACCUGAUAGAACAGAUGCUAAGCUUGGAGCCUGGGAAGAGGCCUUCUGCGGAUGCUGUGCUCAAACAUCCCUUCUUCUGGAGGAAGGACAAACAGCUGAAAUACUUCCAGGAUGUAAGUGACAGGGUUGUAAAAAAAGAUCAACCAGACAACAAGCUUGAUCUAGCAAGCUUAAUCCAGAAGCUGGAGUCUGAUGGGGAGAAAGUGGUGAAGAAAAACUGGAUGGAACAUAUCACAGAAGAUCUGCGGAAAGACCUAGGCACCCGUCUGUAUAAAGGCAAAUGUGUGUAUGAUGGCCGCUCUGUUCAAGAUCUUCUCCGAGCCAUACGAAACAAGGCACACCACUACAACGAGUCUCCUAAGGAGGUGCAGGAGUCCCUGGGCUCCCUCCCCGAUGGAUUUAUGCAGUACUUCACCUCCCGCUUUCCCCUCCUGCUGCUCCACACCUACCAGGUCAUGAGCACCUGUGCAGAGGAGAACACUUUCCGAGAUUACUACCCGAAGUCCAAGGAGGUUCUGAUGGCCGAGGAGAACUGCAUCCCAGCCCAAAACCAAACGGCACAAUGAUAACCAGCCUUAGAUGUGACAACAACCAAGACAUCACAUCCCAAAGACAUCACAUCCCAAAGACAUCACAUCCCAAAGACAUCACAUCCCAAAGCCAUCACAUCCCAAAGCCAUCACAUCCCAAAGCCUUCACAUCCAAAGCAUCCCCACUGGACUAUAAUGUGAAGUCAGUGUUGCAGUCAUAUUAAUCUGUAUUGCUUUAAUUGUUUAUUUUAACAAUAACCUGUAAUAUCAACUACAUCCAUUCCUUUUAUUAACGAAACACACACAA